AUGGUUAAUUAUUUACUUUUUUGGUUGCCAGCUGUGCUAUUACUCCAAACUUUUACUAAAGCAAUUGAUGUUAGCGAUACUCUUAUCAUAAGAGGAACUCGCCAGGGAUAUGUAUCAUACGAUAUUAAGGGUACGUUGUCGCUUGUAGACGUGCAAGAUGGUGAUCUAAACAUCGUCACUGUUAAUAGCGAUGGUCAAUUUUUCUUUACUACGACCUUUGUGAACAUUCCGACUAUGCUAAGUGUUGUUAACUUGAUCAACCAUGGAAUUUCUCGUGUUGAUACCACCAGUUCUAGUAGCUUACAAUUCAUCAGCGUCGACAAUAUUGUGAAUUAUAGAGAUAUGAUACUCAAAUUUCAAGAUACGAGCUUUGCCAUCCAUCAAAUGAUUUCUCUGCUUGGUUGUAUUGAUAUAAAUGGUGAUUCGCGGAGCCUGAUAGCAUUCCCUGAGAUCUCAGCAAACCGUGGUUUGAUUUGUCUCAGCGGGGGAGUCCGCUUGAUGGCAAAAGGGAUGUCUGGCGAUGGAUGUAUUAUCUUGAAAGACGAUUCCAUUGUUACCCUUGAUGACGAAUCCUGCCGCAAUUCGAUAUGUUUUUCAUCAAAUAAAGAGGCCACACUUCAGAUGGGGCGGCCACCUGAAAACCCCAUAUAUGUGGCCCAGUUUGGACGGAACAACGUUAUUCGAAUUUUUAGUUUAAGCGCAACUACUCCAACAUUCUCAUACCUGGGACGUUUGUUAACUUUUAGUUACGGGAAAGAGAACUAUGUUUUUGAUAUUGGUGAAGGUUAUACACUGGACAGCUUUAUGUUUAUCUAUGAUGUUAUGGAAGCCGAAAUCACUUGCACUGUUCCUAUCCCAUUAGGCAGUAACGCGUGUCCACACCUGGACUGUAGUAUAUCAGAGCAACCUAUUCCCGGUACAACGCCUGAAGUAUCAACGAAAACCACUGAUGGGAGCACUUUUACACUUACAAUUACCACCGACGAGACCCUGUGGACAACUAUAACAGCUUCGACUGAAGAAACUACCACCGAUGACACUACGACGGACGAAGCCACCACAGAAGAAACCACCAUGCAAGAAACCACCACGGGAGAAACCACCACCGAAACAAGUACACUGGAAGAAACAACCACAGAAGAAACAACCACAGAAGAAACAACCACAGAAGAAACAACCACAGAAGAAACGACCACAGAAGAAACAACCACAGAAGAAACAACCACAGAAGAAACAACCACAGAAGAAACCACCACAGAAACAACCAUACUGGAAGAAACCACCACGGGAGAAACCACCACCGAAACAAGUACACUGGAAGAAACUACCACAGAAGAAACAACCACAGAAGAAACCACCACAGAAACAACCACAGAAGAAACGACCACGGAAGAAACCACCACAGAAACAACUAUACUGGAAGAAGCCACCACAGAAGAAACAACAACAGAAGAACCAACCACGAAAGAAACCACCACAGAAACAAAUACACUGGACGAAACCACCGCAGAUGAAACCACCACGGAUGAAACCACUACAGGAGAGGAAACCACAACAGGAGAAGAAACCACAGAAGAAACCACGACAGGAGAACCAACGACAGGAGAAACAAUAUCAGAAGGAAGUACGACAGGAGAAACAAUAACAGGAGAAUCAACAUCUGUAGAGUCCACCAUAGCAGAAACCACAGCAGGUGAAUCAACAGGUGAUGAAACCACCGCAGUAGAAACUAUAACUGAAACUACUCUUGAAUCAACUUCUGAUACCACUUUUGAAUCCACCCAAGCGACUGACUGGGAAACUACAUCAGAAACCAUACCAGAAACUACCGCUGAGACCACACCAGAGACGAGAUCUGAAGCUACUACCGAUACUGAGUUUGAAUCCAGUGAAUACACUACCUCGGAUACCUCUCCACUUACUCCUUAUGAGACAACCCCGGAGACAACUCCACAAGAAUCAACUGAAGUCCCUUCUGAAGCUACUUCAGAUGGUAGUUCAGGAUCUAUUCCAGAAACCACUCCCCAACCAGCUGAAACCACUUCUGACACCCUUCCAGUAAGUACUUCCGGUUCUACUCCAGAAACCACUCCUCAAACAUCAGCUGACCCCCCUCCAGAGACCACUCCAGAUACCACUCCAGAAAGGACCCCAGAAACAAGCCCAGAGGCGUCGCCUGAAAGCACUCCAAUAUCAACCUCAGAAACCGCUACCACCCUGAAAACAACUACAACUGAUACUGAAACGACAACCACUUUAGCGGAAACGACGAAAACAAUUAUCACUACCACCACAACCGAAUCCUCAUUAAUGACAAUUACAAUAGUGACCGUUGUCCCAACGGAGACGACUGUGACCACUAUCACCAUUGCAACUAGCGGAACCAUUAUGUUCACCACUGAAACAGUAAUAGUUGUCCCAACUAGUAUUUCUAGAACAGUCACACUAGCUACUAAACUACCUGUUUCAAUUGUGACUUCAACAGGAGCUGUAAUUACAACCCUUGUUACAAAUACAAUCGACGGUACACCAACCCCAGCUUCUGAGGUUUCCACCAUGCGUCUGUCGGAACUCAGUGCAAUUAUUACUUACUGGAAUACCGCUGAUGGGUCUGGGUAUAGAUCAUUCAAUGUGAAAUUAAUAAAAAUUGGGUUGGUGGUUCUAACUUGGUUUAUGGUUUGGGCUUGA